AUGCCACCCCGCUGCUUUAUCAUCCGUCACGGCGAAACCGAAUGGUCCCUCAACGGGCGACACACCGGUGAAACGGAUCUCCCGCUAACAGCCAACGGCGAGAAGCGUAUCCGCGCAACCGGGAAAGCACUCUUCGGUGAUGACAGACUUGUUGUUCCCAAGAAGCUGGCACAUAUCUUCGUCUCACCCCGCACCCGCGCCCAACGGACCCUCGAACUCCUCGAGAUUGGCUGUCGUGAACGACUCCCUUGGACCGAGCAGCGUAAGUCUGAAGAGCAAGAAGCUAUUCGGACUGAGGCACGCGUGGAGAUCACCGAUGCUGUGCGCGAGUGGGAUUACGGUGAUUAUGAGGGGUUGACUAGUAAGCAGAUUCGGGAGAUUAGGGCUGAGAGGGGAGAGGGGCCAUGGAAUAUCUGGACAGAUGGAUGUCCUGGUGGAGAAUCCCCCGAAGAUGUCAUCCGCCGUCUUGACGCUCUGAUCGCCGACAUCAGGACGAAAUACCAGAGUUCCUGCUUUGGAAAGUCCGAUGAUACCAAGGGUGAUGUACUUGUCGUUGCGCAUGGACAUAUCCUGCGUGCAUUUGCUAUGCGCUGGGUUGGGAAGCCGUUGACAGAGACAUCGCUGAUUCUGGAGGCCGGUGGUAUCGGCACUCUCAGUUACGAGCACAAUAGUAUCAAUGAGCCGGCUAUCAUUCUCGGCGGGCAGUUUGUUGUUGACUGA